GUAAACACGUUUCAUUUAUCGUAUUAUGUAAAAUCAGAUAACAAAAACAAAAUUCAUAAACAACAAUAACAUUUUGCUUGACAGAUAUAUUUGGCACAAAAUAUUAUCCAAAAUCCAGAGAGAUUUAGAUGUGGAAUUAUUUAAGCAUUAAUAAAACGACUAAGAGAGAAGCGUGGCGGAAUAAGGACAGGGACACCAGAAGCAGCUAAAUGUUAUAAAUACGAUUCUCAUGAAAAUCACGACAUUAAAUCACGACACAAAAGUCUAAGGAGUGCAUCGAGCGAAAUGAGCAGUAGGUCACGGAAAAUCCACACCGAGUCUUCAUGUCACGAAAAGGGAAACGCGCGACAAUAUAAUUAUGUUGAAUCAAAACAUAGCACACCACGGAACAAAUCGCGAGAGACAAGAGGUGUAGAAUUACGUCACGAUCGUUUUUCUAGCAGGGACAAGCAAGCUGCUUGUAAAGCAAAUGACUUAAGUUUAUAUUCUGUAAAUGUUACUGACAGAAAACGUAUGGUAAGAGAAGAAGAGCCGCCAGAUAUUAGUAAACCUUUUCAACUCGAACAUGUUGGUUUGUCUGCAUUCGAAGGUAUGGGCGAGGAAAGAUACGAUUCUACCAAACGACGAAGAUUGGAGACAGGGAUUAAUAUGCUAACCCACCAAACUGUUGCAGAUGAAAGAGGCCAACUCGGAACUGGACAUAUUACAAGCGCAGUCGAUGAUAACAGAAUAAUCCCACGACACGUUGACAACCGUCUUAUGAAAGGCGAAAUACACGUAUCAUCAAGAACGCCAUCUUCGCUUUUUCCGUUGGAUAAGUACUUUAGAAGAAGUAAUUUUAAUACGGCUGAUUGUUCUACCGAUUAUGCCAUACCUGGGUCUAGGACGUGCCAAGUGUUCCACUCGGUACUUGAACAUACACAAACAGUGUGGCAGAAAAGUAUCCCCUGGACUGAUGACUCGGAAAGUGAUGACGACAUGAACAUGGCUGGUAGAAAAAAUUUGAACAAGAAUGCAAUCAGUGCAUUUGAGGAGUAUGGGGUACAGCAUCGACAGCCUCCCAAGGUGGAUAUAGUUUCUAUGAGUGGUCCACCACAUAAACCUGUAUUUGUUGCUGUGGCCCGGCUUGGCGAGACAGAAAUAUGUAAUGAAAAGGGAAAUUCUAAACAUGAAGCCAGGAUAAAAGCGGCUGAAAGAGCUCUUCAGCUACUUAGUGUACAAAAUGCAUCUGGUGCUGGUUCAUCGGGAUGUAGUGAGGUUGCAGAGACUCUGCCAGUAGAAAGUUCAGAGGAGGUCAUCUCCAACCCCAUACCAUACAAGGAUCCCGUUUCUGCCCUCAUGGAGUAUGGACAGUUUGCUAAGCAGGAAGUCUGUUUUGAUCUUAUCUCACAAGAUGGACCACCUCACAUGCCCAUAUUUACAAUGGCAGUAAAGCUAGGUAGCCAGGUGUAUCCAAGUGUGAAAGGUGGAAGUGCCAAGGAAUCAAAGAAACUUGCAGCAUGUGUUGCCCUUAGUAAGUUAAAGAAGGAAGGUGCACUUCAAGCAUUGUUCCCAGAUACUAAGUCAUCUGCGAUACCUGUAGGUAAAGUCAAGACCAAAUCAACACUUGGCAUUCCAGGAAAAAACCCUGUUAGUGUUCUGAAUGAAUAUGCCCAGAAAUCCAGUAUUAAGUUGAGGUUUGAAUCCAGUCAAACUGGACCGCCACAUAAACCUGUAUUUAAUGUAUAUGCUGUACUUGGGGAGGAGACUUUCCCUGUAGUGAGUGCAGCCAGUAAGAAGGAAGGCAAUGUACAAGCUGCCGAGGCCGUACUGAAAGCACUAGCCGAGAGAGGACAGUACUUAAUGCCAAAAGCUGUCACCACACAGUCAAAUACCACAAACAGUGUCAUGCCAGUCGCUGUUAAUCAUUACGAUAAAGUAGCUAUGGCUGCAGGACGUAAAGUGGAUGAACUGUUGCUACAAACACCUGAAUCUCUUGUUGGUAGGAAAGUAACAUCUGCCAUAGUAAUGUUCGAUAGAGAGACUGGUGUAUACAGGGUGGUCAGUGUUGGCUCAGGUAACAGAUGUGUGAAAGGAAGUCAUAUAACAGAUGAUGGGAUGGUGCUCAACGACUCACACGCUGAAGUUUUAGCUAGGAGGGGAUUUAAAAGAUUUUUAUACUAUCUACUUCGAACAAAAGAUUUACCUAUCAUUGAAAAGAGCAGACAGAGAAAAUGGAGGUUCAAAGAGGGCAUUAGCUUUCAUCUUUAUAUAUCUACAGCCCCCUGUGGUGAUGGGGCUUUGUUUACCCACAGUGACAGAGGGGCAGCUGGAACUUGUUGCUCAGGAAGUGAACAUCGUCCAGUCUUCUCAAAUUUAAAAACUCAAGGUCUACUCAGAGCAAAACAGGAAAAUGGAGAGGGAACCAUUCCAGUGGAACCAGAAUUUGUCACUCAGACUUACGAUGGUAUACAACAAGGGGGGCGACUCCGGGUAAUGUCGUGUAGUGACAAGAUAUGUCAGUGGAAUGUGUUAGGUCUACAGGGUGCGCUUUUAUCAACAGUGUACGAACCGGUUUAUCUACAGUCUAUUGUUUUAGGAAAUCUAUAUAAUGCUGGUCAUUUGGCGCGUGCCGUCUGUUGUCGUAUAGAUCAUAGCACAACACCACUACAGUCUCAAUUACCGUGUGGUUACCAUGUCAACCAUCCUGAUCUAGGUGUCACCUCACACCAGGAUACAACACGUGUUGUAGAAAAGGCACGACCACUCAGUAUCAACUGGUCAUUUGGUGACAAAGAACCCGAGAUUACGGAUGGCACUAUAGGAAAAACUACAAAAACUGUAGCUAGGAGUGUAGGUGCGUCAAGAUUAUGUAAAAAGUCUAUACUGAGUUUAUAUAGAGACACUAUAGACAAUACAAUAGAUAUCAACUUCUCGUACCGGCAGGUGAAACUACAAUCUGAUUGUGACCAUUAUAACCAGGCUAAAAUGGCUUUACAUAAACGACUUCAUGAACAAAAUUUCGGAUCAUGGGUGAGCAUGCCAAGAGAGGUGGACAGGUUCCAGUUGAAUUAAUGAGAGCAUCAUAGAGUUUUUUUACUAGCAUAUUGGGAGCCAGACAGACUUUAGUCUUGGGCUUGUUGGGCAUUUUUUGUGUUUUGUGAAAUUUCUGGCUGUUGGACGGAGAUUUCUAGGAUUGGUAUUUUGGUGACAAUUGUGUGCAUAUCCAAGGUUAACGCAAUUUGUUAAAUGACUGAGAAAGCCCAGAAAGGAUAAUGAAUGUUAGUCAAUUAUAGAUGUAAACAAUUAAGUAUCUUUUUGUCAAAAUGUAUUGUAGGAAAAAAAUCAAAGUAUGUAUGUAUAUGUUGUUAAUGAAUAAUAAUGUAGAUGACAGCUAUUUUACUGUAUUUGACCGGGUAUUUUAAGCUGCAGUGACAGCCUGGAGUCUCCUUCUAUAUAUUCCAUUGACUGUUAACAUAUUUUAUACAUACAAUAGGAAUUUCAUACUUUGCGAGGGACAAAAAGAAAUGAGAUUGCAUAUACAUGUAUCAUGCUUACCAUUAAAUAGAUAUCAAAUUUUCAUUGUAAAUUUUUUUCUUUUAUUCAACAAAAAGUCGGAUAAUAUUUUUUUCUUAAUUUUUUCUUAAUUUCUCAAUUAAGCUGUUACAGUCCUGCAAUAAAAAGCAUAUAUUUAUAAUAUCAGUCCUUAUCCAUUGUAAAAUUCAGGGUUAAAAAGUCGACCUUAUCUUCGUUUCUUCUCCAUUGUUUUGUAAUGUUGACAUAUUGUUGUACCAAAUAAACUUUAUGUAAUUUGCAUAUACAAAAAAAA